UUCUAGUCCACUCUCAAUUGCUGGGUUCGGUGACAUUUAUCGUAUCAACAACAAAAGAAUCUGUAGUCCCCAGUGACUGGAAAUUGUCUCCCCUCGUUUAUUUUAACAGUUGACACAAAUGAAACGCAUCUUCGCCUCCACUAUUACUCAACUCAACAACAAAUAAUUGAAGCCAGUUUCAGGAGAACCCAGGCAAAUGACAUGGUUUCGUGUAAUGACAAAGGAAUCGAAUUAGUACCAAUAAUAAAAGACAAGAAUGGCUUCAAAGAUCAAUCUGUGACGUUUGUGGAGCAGUACGUCAAGGAAGUCGGGGACUUUAGCUCUCAGUAUGGGAGUAACAUCAGCAUCUCCUACACGGCAUACAAUAUUGCUGGUAAUCCCAGCAAAUUUCCAGAUUACGGUGACUUUCCCCACGCCUUCGUCAUGAGAACGUAUGGGCCCUGGUGGAACGAAGCCCCAUCGAGGCUGAGUGACUUUAUGCCCCAGAACAAUGAGCCAAUUGUCAGUCAAGACUAUAUAGACGUCAAAUACCACGAGGAAGUGUAUCCCAUAAGAGUUUCAAUUUACGAGAUCUACAAUCCGGGUAGUGUCGUACGAAUAUGGGCCAGAGAUAAUUCGGGUCAUUGGCUGCUAUUGUGGAGUGGUCCUCCUCAGAGAGUACCCCACAAGCCUCGGAUAUUCUCACCUCCGUUGACCCUCUGCAAUUUCAAAACUAAAAUGCUCAGGAUAGAAUUCAACCACAGUCUCUUAGAUUACUACACCGAACUCGACGCUAUCUUACUCAUUGGCACAACUGAACUUAUUUUACCUCAUUUUGGAUUUCAAAACCGAAGCAUAAGUGCCUUAUUGCAGCUAUUAGGGGGCAGUGGCUCUAAUGACUCGGAUGAGCACAAUCUCACACCAGAGCACUCAAAAGCGAAUUGCGACCUGGGAAAGCUCAAGAAUACUCUGUACAAGCAUUGUGUCUUGUACGAGAGUAAAUCAACAGACAAACUCCCCAAAGGAAAGCUCUUGACUAAACUAGGACUGCAUUGUCAUCUGAUACCACCAAUAGAAGAGGCUUUCAACAGUCUCCAGCAGUUUCUGCAGGAGGACUUUCCUAAGUUGAUCAGGGAGAUCAAUUUGUCGUCAACGACGGUGGCCGUGCAGUGCCCAGAAGUCUCUGGCUCCAAGGGGAGUGUUGACAACACUUGUGGCAGUUUUUCUGUUCUUCCAGAUGAAACAGUUCUGAAGAUUCUGAAGAAUCUGGACCUCAAGUCCCUCUGCCGCUGCUGCAGGGUGAACAAACAUUUUAAUAAUGUCGCUCGAGAUGCAUUGCUGUACACUAGCCUCAACCUGAAGCCUUACUGGAAUAGUCUGGAUGCUGGAGCAUUGAAUGUCCUCGGUCCACGCUGCCAGUAUCUCCAAAAAAUUGAUUUCUCCUGGUGUGGCAACUACAGCGCUAUUUCUCCCCAGAAUAUCAUCGACUUCAUGGCCUCAGCUGGAUGCCUCCUGACUCACCUCCGCUUGAAUUGCUGCAGAUUCGUUAAUGACCAAGUAAUCACAGAAAUAUCUGCAGUGUGUAAAAAUUUGAAGGAGCUGUGCCUUCGAAAUUGCACGCAAAUAACAGCCGAGGGAUUUGCCAGCCUAGAGAAGCUUCAGGCUCUCGAGCGACUGGAAUUGUAUAGAACAGCCAUCGAGACACCAGCUCUGUGCUCAAUCCUCAGGAAAAAUCGACAAAUGAGACAUUUAAAUCUCGCUGGAAUGCAUGAGAGAUUAAACAUGGACGAAGUUGCUGUCGAGGUUGCCAAUUCCUGUCACUUCUUGGAGAGCAUCGACUUCUGGAAAUCUCAAACUUUAACACCAGCUGGGGUGCGGGCUCUCACGAGAUGUACGAGACUCAGAGAAGUGGAUUUCGGAUGGUGUGGGGGCAUGGGAGCACCUGGAGAUUCUCUCAGGACCUUCCUGACCUGCUGCACUUCUCUGGAAAAGGUAUUCCUGGCAGCUCUACGAGGCUUGACAGAUCGAGACAUAGAGCCCCUCCUCCUCUGUCGUAAAUUACGACAAUUGGAUCUACUUGGUACUCGAUCCCUCACCCCUGACAUUUGCCUCAGAUUGCUCCUCUGUUGUCCAGAACUAAAAAUGAUGGAUUUGAGCUUCUGUGAUGCCAUUAGUGAUACUAAAGUCCAAGAAUGGAGACAGCUGUACCCUCAUGUGUCAAUCAAAAGGAGUUUCCAAGGCGGCAGCUCUCACUUUAUGAGGGAUCGUCCGUACGCCUGAACAUACCUCAUACUUGAGAGAAAAAAUAGACUUUGAUACGCUGUGUUUUACACUCGCAAUUAGGAUUUUUACCGAAUUUUUGUGUCGAUAAUUUAUAUAUAUAGAUAUAUAUCUCUGUAUCGUCGACAUCAGUGUGAAUAAUGGUAUUUAUUAAUAGAAUGAUUCAAUCAACUAGGAUCAUUGACUGAUAAUAUGUAAUCAACAUUUGAAAUUAAAAUCCGAAGAAUCAA